UUUUGACCAAUGAGGUUGCCUCCCAUGGGCUUACUUUAGGCCCUGCCCGGUCUUUCUCUUGUCAUUCGUGAUCGGAACAUCACAGCGAUUCAACGAGAAAAUGCAUGCGUAUCCAGUUGUCAGAAAAUAAGCAACUGUUUCUUCAGUACACAUCGCACAUUAAAGAGUUGCCUGGAGAAGUGGAGAAAUGCGCCAAGAAGAAAGAGCUUCAGGCUCAAGCGCAGGCAACAGGAGACACGGGCUGUUUGUUGUUGGAGUUUGGAGACUUUGAGGGCCGCUCUCUGAAAGAGGUGUACGAGGACCAGAGCCACGGGGCCCAGAAACUCGUCAGGUACGUGCUACAGUCAAAUGCACGGCCCAACACCAACAUGGCCCUUUUCAAGGCAUAUAUUUUGAAAAGACGGUCAGCUGAGGGUACCAGUACCAGGGAGCAUCAGCCAUCUCCAGCCUCCGGUGCCAGCGCCUCUUCUCCUGCCCCGUCACCUACCACCAUCCAAACGGGUCCACGGACGCCUGCCUCUGUAAAAGCUCUGCUGGCAUGUGGCAAACACUUGCCUCCCUCACAGCUGGCCAAAAAACUUGUGUCACCUGUGAAACCCUCUCCAGCACCGCAAUUGUCUGGCUCCAGCACUGCACAUCGGCGCCCAGAACCCAUUCCACAACAGUUGCGCUUCCUCUGUGGCCCUUCUGAGGCCGAUGAUGAGGAACUUGUGCGUGCCACAUAAGAGUGUGAGACACAGCUGCAAACAGCAGCCACCAUGCCUCCUCUAGCAGCCACCAUGCCUCCUCCAACAGCCGUCAUGCCUCCUCCAACAGCCGCCAUGCCUCCUCCAGUAGAAGUUGCUCAGCCACAGCCACUGGUGGAUCUCCCCUCUCACUGGAAGGACCAUCUUCCUCCCUUCCAACAGGAGUGGAUUCGCCACACACUGUUCAAGGCGAACCCAAAGACUGGGAAACCGGAGCUGGUGACCCAGCUGAAGCUGUGGUGGCAUCCUCCUCAGCCCACCCUCAUUCACACCCAGCCACCGGCGUCACCUAAUCAAUUCUUCUGUCGCCCCCUGUUCCUGUGGAUGCCUCACAAGAUGUGGAGGUACCCACUAGUCUGCGUGCGUCCAUCAUGCCAAAAGUACAGCCUUACAGCAGCCGGACUGUAUAGGACCGUGCGCAAGGUCCUGGACAUAGACGGGUGGUAUGACCUUGCAACUGAGUACCUGGAGUGCAAGCGGUGCUCCAAGAAAUAUCCUGCGUGGUCUGAGGAUAUCUUGGCCCAGCUGGAUGUUGGCCACCGCAGCCAGUUCCCAGCUCUGCUAACUUACAGGUACUCAUGUGACAACCGGGUGAUAAGGAUGACGAGGGAGAGGACACUGGGCAACAGUGUUACCCAGCUGUACAAGAAGCUGAACGAGCAGCACAGUGAGGCGUGGAUGCAGCGCUUCCUGCAGUACCUGACAGCUUGCGAGCCGUUUACAAGGUCUGCAAUCAUCUGCCCAGUAUUUGCAGAUCCCCCAGCCUUACCUGCCAUCCCAAAACCGAAGUGGCUGUUGGCCGUGUUUGCCAGAGAUGUCCUUGGGAGGCUGAAUGAAGUGAAGGCCAAAAUUACAAACACCUUUGGCUCUUAACCAAAGCACAAAGUACUAAUCACUACUCACGUUACAGCUGUGGUUGAUGAACCUGGCCAGGUUGCCGCACUUGGUAGCGUCGAUGAUGGUGUCCUGGUCACUGAGCCACAGGUGACCGAGGUCAUCCAGCUGUGGGCGGCACUCCCAGACAGCGACAAGGAGAGGAUCGACUACCAGCCACGUCACCAGGAGCGGCUGUCGUCUGGUCGAUUCAAGGCACCGAAGCGGUCUGGAGUCACACCGGGUGUGGAGAGCGUCAAGCGCAGCUUGAUAGGUCACCCUGGGGGGCCGGCUCAGUGGCCUGGUACCAGCCGCUUGGUAGACGCCAUGUGCACACGCUUGUGCACUUUGCACAAGUGCACUACCAGGAAGGCCAGUGUUUCCACUCCCAGGUGGACCAGAAUUCUGGAUGAUUACCACCACAUCCGUGACUUGAUCAUCGCCAGCCCACGGUUGAUGGCAGAUACAACAAUUCACUUGUUUCAAAUCAACCAGCGGACACUUUAUUCAGUGGUUUCAACAGCGGCUGAAAGGUCAGGAGAUGAGUACACUCACUCAGGGACUGACUCCAGCACCCCAAAUUCCCGUCGCCCCUGCCCAGCUUCCGCAGCCGCAGGAAAAACUGAUCGUCCCUCCUGCAUCAUCUGGGCAACGACAUGAAUUUGUGUUCCCCCCACCGAAUCUGGAGGGCCGGGCUCCUCUGCUACGCCCAGGCCGUCGCCCCAAAGACCGCCAAGACCGUCCAAUUGCCCCCACCCCACCACCCGUUUUUCCUCUCCCUGCAACAUUAGGCACCAGUGCACUGCCAGUGCCAACUCCCUUCACAUUGGUACAGCUCCCAGCAAUGACUGUUCCUGCACCACCUGUUCCCUUUCUCCAGCUCCCAGCCACGACUUUGGCUGCCUCAACACCUGGUGCAGCCCCAUCUGUACCUGCGCCACCUCCGCCCGCUGGCCCGCCGCCUCCUCCCGCUGGCCCACCACCUCCUGUUUCACGGUACACAGAGAGGAACAGGCGUCGGCGAGCCGCUGAAGAGGCCAGUGGUAGUGCGGAGAAAAGAAAAUAUGUAAGGGGUGCGACAUAUAACAUGUGUAGCCAAUGUGGCAAACCCAAGACUAACGAGUAUGGGCAUAGUCGCUUUGGGAGCGCGACUUUCUGUUCCCAGGCCUCAGGUGGCAAGUCUGUUGAAGAGUGGUUGGAAGAACAGAGAGCUCAAAAGUAGUUCUUCUAUUGUACAAUAUGUAUAUAGUGUGUAUAAGUUCUGCUGCUAUUGCUUGUAUAUAGUGUGUUUGUGUGUGUGUAUAUACCACAUAUAUUAUGUAGUUUUUACAUGUACAUAGUUUUCCUGACAACCUUCCCCCUUUACUCAUGCACAUUUCUCCCUGUAAAUUGUACAUUGGUUUGUGUGAGUGAUUAAAUACAUGCUUGGUUUUUAAACUUGAUGUUUCAUCUCUUGUUUUUUACUGUCCAAUUUCAGAU